AUGACGACCAAUGACGGGGGCGACGACGACGAUGGACAAAUGGGAAUAGGCAAUAGCGACGACAAAAAAAUGAAAGAAGAGAAGAUGAAGAUUGUGUUUGGAGAUGAGUAUGAAGAUGAGAUGAAGAUGAGUGGUGUUGGUGAGGGAAGAAAGAGAAAGAGGAGAGAGGAUGUGAGGAUGGGCUUUCAGGAAGAGCUUAUGGCCUUGCCUCUGUCUGGAAUAAAGGCAAUCUUGGCUAGUGAUGAUAUCCAGGUUGAAUCAGAAGAUAAUGUAUAUAACUUCACAUUAAAUUGGGUUAGACAAAAGUACAAAAGUCAGAAAGAAAGGGGAGAAGUUCUUGGUAAAGAACUUGGGCCUUUAAUUCGCUUCAUUUAUAUGACAUGUCAAAAGGUUAAGGACCUCUUAAUUGACUUUGAAGAAGAGGGUGUAUCUAAGCAUAUCCUUCAAACUUUGAAGGAUAUGCAUUGCAAAAUGUCAAGGAGAAAUCAUCUUCCUGUGAACCAUUUUUUUGAGGCAAGGGCAUAUAAGAGUGUGAUGCACAUGAGUUUGACGCGGGAAGAUUGCAUCACUAUGUUCCCAUCUGGCCAUCUGCAUUCCGAGGACUUUCCUUUUGGUGGACUCAUAUUUAUUUUAUCUGCGUCAUGCCGCAAGGCGGAACAUGAUUCUCCCCAUGGCUUUGGGUUUGCUGUGGGAAGGAGGAAAUGGUGCAAGGGGGGAAGCAUUGAUGCGGACUAUAAAUUUGCUGUAAUGUUGAGGCCAACAAAGAAGUUUGCAACCUUGCACAUUUCCAAUUCCGUAUUUAUCUAUGGGAAAUUUAAGGGCUGUAAAAACCUCUUUGGGGUUCCGUGGACUUCGUUCAUUGCUGAGGACAGUCCAUUCUUUAUUGAAGGCAUUCUCCACCUUAGGGCCAAGCUCACAAUCAGACGCUGUCCCAUAGACCUACCAAUAUAG